AUGCCAGGCCUGAUCAACAUGAGCAAACGCAGCGCUCUGCCUCUCAGUGUCUCAGACAUCGCCUCCUGUGUCAGGGGUUACACCCUGGCAAUGACGGCUUCUUUGACCUAUGAAAACAUUGAGGAUCACUCUAUUGAGGGAAUCUUUAUAUACCCUGUGGAUGAAUGCAGUGUGGUGGUUGGGUUCGAAGCAAUGAUAGGCAGCCAGAUAAUAACCGUGCAGGUCAAAGACAAAAUGAAAAUCGAUGACUGUUGUUUUGAUUGCUGUAAUGCUAAUGGAACCUCUCAGAGUGGAGGUGGACAUCUAAUUCUGGAUGAAGAUCAGGAGAGGACAGUGCUAGUGGUCAAUUUGGGGGUCAUUCCUGCUUUGGAGACCAUCAAUAUACUGGUCAGCACCUCCUCUGAGCUGAGCACACUUCCAAACGGUGGAAUUCGGAUCACCUCACCUCCCAUCUGCUCUCCGAGGGUCCAACGUUCUGUCAAAGAGGAGCAGGCGUUUUCACCCAGCACAGCUAGGAGGAUGGAUAGGCACCAUUGUGCAUUAGGAACUCAUGAGCAGACAGCUUCGGGUGUGUGUUUGGCUUCUCUGUUGGAGGAAGAGACCAUCAAUUCCAUCGACUACGAGUUCAACUUCCAGCUUGAGAUCAGAGGCCCAUAUCUACUGGCAGGUGUGGAGAGUCCCUCUCAUGCCAUCCGGGCAGAUGCUGACCCCUCGGCUCGCUCUGCAACCAACAUUGUGGUCACACUGGCAGACAAGUACACUUACGACUGCCCCGUGGAAAUAUUGAUCUACCCCAGUGAGCCUCAUCUGCCACAUAUUCUCAUUGAGGACGGGGACAUGACACCAGAGGAAUAUGAUGAACACCUUAAAGGAAGGAGCGACUACAUCAAGGCCACGAAGAAGGACUGCAGUAAUGAGAAGAUAGUGGACAUCAUUCGGAAAAGGCUUCAUAAAGACAUCCUUCACAACCCUGUGGUCAUGCUCAACUUCUGCCCAGACCUCCGCUCUACAAUUUCUGACCUGCGGAGCAUCCAGGGAGAAUUCAUCUUCCUUAUUGACCGCAGUGGAAGUAUGAGUGGGGUCAACAUCAGUCGGGUCAAGGAUGCAAUGGUCGUGAUUCUGAAAAGUCUUUUCCCAGCUUGCUUAUUUAACAUAGUGGGCUUUGGAUCCAAGUAUAAAACGCUGUUUGCCACCAGUCAGAGUUAUGAUGAGGAAACUUUAGCUUUGGCUUGCGAACACGUGAAGAAGAUCCGGGCUGACAUGGGUGGUACAAACUUACUGGCUCCACUUAACUGGGUCCUACGGCAGCCCAUGCAGAGAGGCCAUCCUCGCCUGCUCUUCCUCCUAACGGACGGAGCCGUCACCAACACCGGGAAGGUUAUCGAGUUGCUCCGUAGCCACGCCCGAUUUACCAGGUGUUAUGCGUUUGGCAUCGGUCCGGGUGCAUGCACAAGGCUGGUUUUAGGACUGUCCGCCGUUUCCAGAGGCACAGCUGAGUUCCUGGCAGAAGGGGAAAGAUUGCAAACCAAGAUGAUUAAGUCCCUGAAGAAGUCCAUGACAUCAGUAUUGACUGAUAUCUCUAUUGAGUGGUUGUAUCCAGAGACAAAGGAGAUCUUGCUCUCUCCAGUGGGGGCGACCUGUCUGUUCCCUGGUGACCAUCUGAUUGGAUACAGUGUGGUCUGUGAUACCUCCAGAUAUCACUCCAAUCCCAAAUCAGAUAAACGAAGACGAUACAGCAUGAUGCGCUCCAAUGAGUCGGCCAGUUCUGUAUUCUACCACUCUCAAGAGGAGGAAGCUGGGAAGGUUUCCUCUGACAGUCAGGGGCUUCACCGAGACAGUCAGGUCACCUUGCUGUUUGACGGUUGCCAGGAGACAGUGUCUGAAAGCAGUCCUAUCGCCACGGAGCAAGAUACUAUAGGAAAUGAGACAAGCACCUCCCAGAGAAGACGUGCUUAUAGCACCAAUCAAAUUGUUGAUUAUAACCCUACCAAGAAGGUCUACACCCCUAGUGACCCCAGCUCUGCGGUGGGGAAAAACCCACUUAGAAGAGCAAAAGUGCAGGAGCUGAUUGGUCAGACACAUCCUGAUCAUGGAGCACAGUGGAAAAUAGACUACCAGCCACAGUUGGCCAGCCUGUGUGCCACCUCCUCAAGAGCACGUCCCACAGCUGGUCACAAACCUCCAGUGCAGCAGUAUGAGGGGCUCCAGGGGGAGCCAAAGGCAGAUCAAACCCAGCCUGGCCCCUCUGCGCAGGGGGUGACCCAGGGACCCAUAGAAGAUGGCUCCAGGUCUUCAACGGACAGUCCUUCUCAAGGCAGCACUGGUGAUGCAGAUGGCUACACACAUCAGCUUUGCGAAGUUGAAACACCCCAAGAUCCUCAUACAUCAGAAUUUAAGGCCAGUCGGGGAAAGGGAAAUUGCAAAGCGGUUGUAUCAGGACUGCUGUGUGGAAAACCCAUGAAAUGGGAGGUGAGCUUUGACAUUCAGCCUUACCUCAAAGGGCGAGAACGAGAGGAAAAAGUUCACGAAGACCUGUGGAAUGAAACGUUCCAUCACCUGGCAGGGCGUUCAAUUAUUCAAGACUUUGAACACAUGGCCAUGAAGGAGUGUGAUAUUGAGCAUGGUUCUGGUAGAAGGUACCAGCUCUAUGCCAUCCACACCAGCAAAGCCUGCAACAUCUUGAGCAAAUAUACAGCAUUUGUACCUAUUGAUCUGGACAGCAAUGAAUAUUUACCCACCUUUGUUGAGUACAGCCACCCUGGGGAGGAUCAAAAGAGGAGCUCACACUGCAGUUCUCACUCUAGUAGCAGGAAGAGUCAUGGUUACUCUGUGGGCCUGGGUCGCUCACAGUCAGGUGGUUUGCCUGAGCAAGAUGAUGUAGCGGUACCCUGCAAUGUCAAGGAUAGAGCCCAUUUCCCUAGAAAACCCCCCUCAUCCUACAGCUGGGAACGAUGUAGCUCUGUUGAAACCUCUCAAAGGAGUCCGUCUGUGACCUCUGACCACUCACAGAGAUCAGUAGAGAGCCUUUUCUCUGCAAGCAAGCUGAGUCUGACCAGGACGCGACUCCUGACGAAAGCUGCUAGAGGAUUCAUGAGUCGAUCACAAAGCAAAAUCAGCACCUCGAUGGGAGAAAGCGAAAAUGACAACAAGGACUACAUCCCUCUGGUGUCAUUGCAGCUGUCCUGUGGGGCGUUCAUGUUGGACAGUGCCUUGUGUGAUGCCAUCAAUGUGCCCAUGGAGAAGCUGAAGUGGACAUCACCCUUCAAUAGCCACAGAAUCAGCCUUGCCCACUUGUCCCACUCCAGCUCUCACCGUUCAGAGAGCUUGGAGGUCCAUCAUGGCUCUUCUCCUCCACCCAAAGACUCAGACCUGAACUCUGAAUAUGAGGAGCUUGUUUCACGGCCAUCUUCAUCCUCCCUGCCAGCCCGAAGUCCUCGUAUGGAGGGUGGGCUCUCAUCAUUGGCAGGCUUCUCCUCUAUGUCAACCGAAGCCCCACCAUCGCCCAUUAAUUCGUUGCAUGAUAGUGGACGAGGGUCGGAGUCUGAGAUCGCGGACACCCCCAUUUCGGGCUCUCCAGGGAGCCUGCAAAGGGCCAUGCAAGACCCUGAGGGUAUGGUGUGGGCAACGGCAGUAGCUCUGGCCUGGCUGGAACACAGCUCAGCCAGUUAUUUCAUUGAAUGGGAGCUGAUCGCAGCCAAGGCGAGCAUGUGGCUAGAUGAACAGUUUAUCCCAGAGGGACGAGACCUGGCGUCGGUCAAAGCCGCGGCCAAUCAACUCUUCAUCAUCUUGAGACACUGGGAUGAGAACCUACAAUUGAACAUGCUCUGUUACAACCCAAACAGUGUGUGAGUCCUGAUAAGGUCCAGGUGGAAUCGAUGCAUGCAGAAUUUCUGCAGAAUUGCAACGUCUGUC